AUGAUAUCAACUUAUAUUCAAAAUAAUCCAUUGUUAUCACUAGCUGAAGCUCGACAAUAUUCAAAUCAACUCAUAUUUGAAUACAAUUCUUCACAUGAUGAUACUAUUGAUAUUUCACCUCAAACAAUAGCAAAGCUAUACUACGAGAUCAGGCCUAAAAUCAAACUAAGCGAAAAUGAAUUAAUUAAGAAGUUAUUAGAAAAGUAUAACAGCACAGAUUAUUAUAUAACCCAAUAUUACUCAAGUUCAGAUGAUACUAACUAUUAUUUCUUCGGGUUGCCAGCUUUUAUAAAAAGAGCUAAAACUUGCAACCAUCUUUUCAUAGAUGGAACAUUUCGUAUCGUUCCAAUUAAGUUAGCAAAUGGGCAGCUCUUAAAUCUUUUAGUAUACGAUGAAGCUACAAAUUUAUAUUUACCUUUCCUUCAUGUACUAAUGACAGGAAGAUCAUCACUUAACUAUGAUACAGUUUUUAAUUUAAUGAUCACAUGUCCUCUUAUUAGUAUAUCAUUGGGAAAAUAUAAAAUCAUUACAUCAGAUUUUGAGAAUGCAUUAAUGAAAUCAAUCAAAUCUAAAGUCAAUGAUGAAACUACAGUCACUGGUUGUAUAUUUCAUUAUAUAGCAGCUCUUGUUAAAAAUUUCAAAAAGUUAUGUGAUGAAAACGAUGUUUGCGCAAAAUCACUUUUAAAACUAUUAUGUGCAUGUCCUUUUGUUCCAAUAGAAGUUUUUGAAAUAAUUUGCAAAAAAUUAGAUGCGAUUAAAGAAAUAAAUGAUUUUGCAAAAUAUUUCUUAAAUACAUGGGGUAAAAAGUAUGAUGUAAUUAACAAGCUGAAAGUAUCUGAUAUGAUCUUUUCCAAUAAUGGAGUUGA